CUGACAUCUCUGUCUGCUUUGUCCUCAGGGCAGCCGGGCAGCCAGCCCGCAGCAGGAGUGUGAGUACCUGCAGAUGAUUGAGACAGAGCGCAGGCAGUGCCUGGAGGAGGCCCAGCUGGAGAACGAAACCACAGGCUGCAGCAAGAUGUGGGACAACCUCACCUGUUGGCCAAGUACUCCGCGGGGCCAGGUGGUGGUCCUGAGCUGUCCUCUCAUCUUCCAGCUCUUCUCCUCGAUUCACGGACGCAACGUCAGCCGCAGCUGCUCUGAAGAAGGUUGGUCACAGCUGGAGCCCAGCUCCUACUACAUUGCCUGUGGAAUGGAAGAUGGUGCAUCUAGUGUGGUUGAGCAACAACAGACGGAGUUCUACAGCGCGGUGAAGACUGGCUACACCAUCGGCUACGGCCUGUCCCUCGCCAGCCUCCUGAUUGCCAUGACUAUCCUGAGCCUGUUCAGGAAGCUACACUGUACCCGAAACUACAUCCAUAUGCAUCUCUUUAUGUCCUUCAUCCUGAGGGCCACUGCUGUCUUCAUCAAAGACAUGACUCUCUUCAACAGCGGAGAGACGGACCACUGCUCCCAGGGCUCGGUAGGCUGCAAGGCAGCCGUGGUUUUCUUCCAGUACUGCAUCAUGGCCAACUUCUUCUGGCUGCUGGUAGAGGGUCUCUACCUGCACACGCUGCUGGCCGUCUCCUUCUUCUCCGAGCGGAAGUACUUCUGGGGGUACAUACUCAUCGGCUGGGGGGUGCCCAGUGUAUUCACCAUGGUAUGGACCAUUGUCAGGAUCCAUUUUGAGGAUUUUGGGUGCUGGGACACCAUCAACUCCUCACUGUGGUGGAUCAUAAAGGCCCCAAUCCUCACCUCCAUCUUGGUGAACUUCAUCCUGUUUAUCUGCAUCAUCCGAAUCCUGGUUCAGAAACUACGGCCACCCGACAUCGGGAAGAAUGACAGCAGCCCCUACUCGAGGCUGGCCAAGUCCACGCUUCUGCUGAUUCCCCUGUUUGGAGUUCACUAUGUCAUGUUCGCCUUCUUCCCUGACAACUUUAAGGCCGAGGUGAAAAUGGUCUUCGAACUUGUCGUGGGGUCUUUCCAGGGUUUUGUGGUGGCGGUCCUCUAUUGUUUCCUCAAUGGCGAGGUGCAGGCGGAGCUGCGGCGGAAGUGGCGGCGUUGGCAUCUUCAGGGCGUCCUGGGCUGGAGCUCCAAAUCUCAGCACCCGUGGGGAGGCAGCAACGGCGCCACGUGCAGCACACAGGUGUCCAUGCUGACCCGUGUCAGCCCCAGCGCGCGCCGCUCCUCCAGCUUCCAAGCCGAGGUCUCCCUAGUCUGACCGCCAGAGGCCGCCAGGCCCCUUUGCACCCUCCCCUCGCCGGGCCCUGGAGAGGUCUGCAGCGGCGUCGCCACUAGCUCCAACCUUGGGUCUGGAAGUUUUCCUUUGCUGCAACGGGCACCAAAUCCAUUCAAGUUGGAGAUCAAAGAGGUCCAACACUGGAGGAAGCAGAGAGGGACCAGCAUCAGACUCCGCCUCCAAAGGUCCCUCUGCCAAUCAUGCCGGCAAAAUCUGCAUAUGCCUCCUGGAAAGCAGCCGCCUGUCCUUAAAGCUUCGGAACUUUUGAGGGCAAAAAGGUUCUGCCCUGUUCGUGCCUAGAAUUUCACUGUGGCCCUCAAGUCGCUUUGGGUUAAGUGUUGCCAAUGAGACUCCUCUCCGAGGAUGCAAUGCAGUCCCCUCCCCGAGUGUCCUGCUUUUAUCUGCCAGCUCCUCUGGGUGGGUGAGUUCCUCUACCUCAGACAGAUAUGGUUGUGACCUGGAGUUUCGGUUUGAGGACCACAGCUGUGCUGUGACCCUCGCUCAGGAUGGAACUGUCCCAGCGUCGGUAUACUAUCGGACCUGGGAACUCAGGGACCAACCUUUGGGAAGGGAGAAGAUAGCCCCUGCCAAUGCUCACCAAGUGGCUUUGUCCAUCAGAUAGGAUCUGUCACACCAGCCUUAUGCACAACCAAAGCAAUAGCAAGCUGCCCACUCUGGGUGCUCUCCUACCAACUAUACCAACUCCUUCAGCAAGGGCCAGAGACGUGAGCCCACAGGCCCCUGAUGCAGCAGGUAGGGAAACAAUCUUAGAGAGAGCAGGUAUCUCUUCCUGUCACUAAUGCCAACAUAAAGACUACCUUUUUACAUAUUGUGACCUGCUGGAUUCUGUUGGGGUUAUAUUACCAGCGAUGUUACUACCCUCAUCCCCUUGUUCCUUUGCCUCCUUAGAGAGUGGUUCAGUGUGGCACUAACGUCAGGGGUCAGGACAUCUUAUGUUCCCUCCACCCUUAUAGUCACAUAGCUUCUAACCCAAGCUGGUGUCAGCAGGUCCCCUCAGAACUGCACCAGGCUCGUAUGGCAAUAAAUAUUAGCUCUAGCAGGCUUAGUUCCCCUGGCCACUGUGGGUCUCCUGCUUCCUCUCAGCAAGUGUGUUAUCCCUGCUCCAGUGAGAGGUGUUCACUGAAGCUACCGCCCUUCUGACUUUGGACAGGAGCCCCCAUUUCCGUGUGAGUAUCUAUCCCCAGAGUCUUUGACUCACACCUGAGUGUGAAGAGGUUAUAACUGGCCCCACUGUAACCCUCACCCCCUAAAUCCAGCUGGAAGGGACAGAUUCUGCCUUGAACCAAAUCAAAACAGCCAAUAGAACAACCAGGAACAGCAAGGUUUCAUGGGCAUUCCUGGAAACACGGCAAACAGAGAACACGAGGACUGGGUCGCUGUUGCCAAGGAACCAACCAAGAGGGUUAGAUCAGUGCAGAUGGCCCAGCCCAAGUCAGUAAGGAGAGGCUGUGUGACUAACGGUAAGGUUUAGACACAGUAGUGUGGCAAAGCAGGUGUCAUCGGCAGGGCAGCGAGAUGCAGCUUCCAAGGGUCUGGUUCCACUUUGUAGGCAUGUGGGGUGCAAAGAGGCCAGGGUGGCUAACAGAGGCUCGAGUCUGCCUACAAGGCCCCUUCAAAGGCUGCUGCCUCUUGGUACCAUCCCAGCACAGAUAGAAGUAUCUUCUGGAGUAUGUGAAGGUCAGAACAGACCCCAUGCCUAAAUGAAUAGGCCCGAAAUCUCCCAACAGUACCGUGUUGUGGCGUGGGGUAAGUCGUGGAGCCCUGGGUGCGGAGCAGUUCCUAGUCAAGAGGGCAGAGUGAGUAGAAGCAAGACCCAAGAUGUGUUCGUGAAAGGAAGGGGAGAGUCGGGGAUAAAAAGACUGGAAUCCUUGAUUGGGGGUGGGGGGCUAAGGAAACUUGGGCCAGUAUCCUAGGUUAGUGACAGCCAUGGGGUAGGAGUGUCUGCAGGCAGAACUAUCCCAGUCUCUUCCCCAGGUGGCUCGGUCCCUGCUACACACCUGUCAAACCAGACCAACUCAUCUCUAGUGCCAUCUGGUGGACACUUCGAAGACUUCACCUACUUUGACCACCUUAUUAGAUCUUUCACCACCAAGAGUGAGACAGAAGGUGUGGUGAGGAUUGUACCCAGGCCAGCCCCCACACCUCCCUCACAUCAAACUACUGGCCUCAUGUUAGUCCUGCCUUGACCCAAAAGAACUUAAUGGAACCCAGACUCUGGUGGUUCCUUAAAAUUGAACCCUACCUACAGUCUCUAAGAAGGGCAAAGGCCAGUUAUUUCAGUACCAUCUGAACCCAGGGAGGCUCUGUCCACUCUGUAGGAAAGACCUAUUUGCAGGUAGUCUUCUCAUUCUGGGGCACGGCCUGUCCAUGGAGGCUCAUCCACCUGCUAGCAGAACAUCACUGAGGUGUUUGGGGCCUAGGAGAGGUCUCAGGAUUCCAAGAGAGCAUGCUUAGGUGUCACAGAGAUGUGAAUCCAGCCGAGUAGGUGUUGGGGUGCUUACCAGUAAAGACAAAGAGAGACAAAGAGAAGGCCUAUCAGGUUGAGAGAUGGUUGGGGGUUGAUGCCGAGAAGGACCCAGGGUGUAUGUCUGGAAAGGAUGCUAGGCCAUCAGUAGGAAAGGGAGGAGGUCAGCUGGGGAGACAAUGCCCUGGUUUGGGACAUGUUGAAUGUAAUAUGUGCAGGAUGUAUGAGGAGAGACCCUCUAAGGCUACUGGAAAUAUGACAUAAAGGGACAGAAGAUGGGAGAACCAAGGCAGCCCUUUGGAAGAAACAGUGAAUAUAAGGGCAAGACCCCAGGCACCCCAUGGGGCGUGCUGGGCACAGUGGGGUGAGGACUCUGACUCAGCCCCUCCAUCCUAGCUGCCACACAAGGUCUUGUUUUAAUGAGCAGUGGCGAGCUCCCCCCCCCCCCACAAUGUGGGAACAGGAACAGCUCAUAUCUCUGGGGGAAGGGGAAGGGGUGGGGACACAGCUGGCAGUUACUAAACACCCUGCUCCAGCCAGGGAUGGCCAAGAUAUUAAUAGCCCCGGGAGUCUAUGACUCUGAAGACACAGACUCCCAGGAAAAGGGACAAAGUAACCUCAGCAGGCCAGAGGGAUGCGUCAGGAGGCCAUCUUAGUAAUGCCCCAGCCUCCACAAAAGACAGAUGGGAUAACCAAAAUCCAGAGAAGGGAAGUCAUUGUAGAGGUUGAUGUUGAACACAGCUCUCCAAAUCCCAUAGCUGUGCCUCAGAUUUUCUAGAUAUUGUCAAAGAUGGGAUCACUUGGCUGUGCCCUAUCUGGGAACGCGAGAAGGGUCAGGCCAGUUAGUAAUCCUGAUUCUGUCUUGAUAUAUUGUUCAUCCUGUAUUUUUGCAUUAACUUUGAUAUUUUAAAAUACUGUAUUAAAAUAUUAUUUACCUUGA